GAUGGAGAACGAAAUUAUUUCCAUUGAACAUAAAUCUGUUCAACCAUUCCGUACGAAGAAUGAGUACAUGUACGCUAUGAAAAAGGAUCUUGUCAAUUGGUUCAAUACUCUCUAUCAGAUAGGAAUGACGGAAGAAAACUUUUUCCAGGCACUAGAAACUGGUGUUGUACUUUGUAAACAUGCCAAUGAAUUAAGGAAAUAUAUAAUAAAAGUUGCCGACAGCCCGGAUGCUUUCAUACCGUGGAGUAGGCUCAAGAAACUUCCGAUCGUCUCAUUACCCGAUAAUAAUUUAAAGUACCGGGAAAACGUCGAACGGAAAUCCUUUCAAGCUAGAGAUAAUGUAACGAAUUUUAUACAAUUCUGCAGGGAUUUAGGAAUUAACGAUGUCGUUUUGUUCGAAACAAAUGACCUUGUUGAAAGAAAUAAGGAACAUUCCGAACGUUUAGUUAUAUUAUGCCUAUUAGAGGUAGCAAGAAGAGGUUCCAAAUUCGGUAUGUUAGCUCCAAAGCUUAUUGAAUUUGAGGAAGAAAUUGAUAGAGAACUAGAAGACUCUGACGAAGAUGAAAACGACAAUAACCUAGCUCAAAAUGAAAAUAAUAACGAUAUUGACAGUUAUUACGAAAGCGAAUCUAAUAAUAGUAUUGAAUAUUUGGAAAAAGACCUAAAUGAACCAGUUAUAGAACAACCUAAACAGCAAUCAAGAAGAAAGAAAGCGGAUUUAAGAGGAUUAGACGAAAUCGUAAGUAUAAAAAAAAUAAUUGAAAAAGAUAAUAUUAAAAACAAAAAGAAACAAUAACGAACAUAUUUCCUCAACUAAAACACGUUUAAGAUAAGAUUAGGAGCUAAACUAGUAAAAAACUAUUGAUCUUUAAAGAAUGCUUUAAGAUACCUUCUUUUUCUUUUUUGAUACAACUGCGUAAGGUCAUGUAUUUAUUAACGAAUAGCGAAAAUAUAUCGUUCAAAAUAGACUUUUUUGGGGACAACUUGAACUCGAUGAUAG